AUGUCGUACUUCUUCUCAACCCCCGUCGACAUCGACAUUGUGCUGGAGGACGCCGACGAGCGGUCCAUGGUCGAUGUCAAGCUCGACAAGAACCGGCGCGAGAAGGCGCCGCUGUACAUGGACGGCGAGUCCGUCAAGGGCGCCGUCACCAUCAGACCCAAGGACGGCAAGCGGCUAGAACACACCGGCAUCAAGGUCCAAUUCAUCGGCACGAUAGAAAUGUUCUUUGACCGCGGAAACCAUUACGAAUUCCUCUCCCUUGUCCAGGAGCUCGCGGCCCCGGGCGAGCUGCAGCACCCGCAGACGUUCGACUUCAACUUCAAAAACGUCGAGAAACAGUACGAGUCGUACAACGGCAUCAACGUCAAGCUGCGCUACUUUGUCCGCGUCACCGUCUCCCGCCGCAUGGCCGACGUUAUCCGCGAAAAGGACAUUUGGGUCUACUCGUACCGCAUACCCCCCGAGAUGAACUCGUCCAUCAAGAUGGACGUCGGCAUCGAGGACUGCCUCCACAUCGAGUUUGAGUACUCCAAAUCCAAAUACCAUCUAAAGGACGUUAUCGUCGGGCGCAUAUACUUUUUGCUCGUCCGCCUCAAGAUAAAACACAUGGAGCUGUCCAUCAUCCGGAGGGAGACGACGGGCGCCGCGCCGAAUCAGUAUAAUGAGAGCGAGACCCUGGUGCGGUUCGAGAUUAUGGAUGGCUCGCCCUCGAGAGGAGAGACGAUCCCCAUCCGCCUCUUCCUCGGCGGCUUCGACCUGACACCCACGUUCCGGGACGUGAACAAGAAGUUCUCCACCCGGUACUACCUCAGUCUCGUGCUCAUCGACGAAGGCAAGCCACAACCACCCCUUAUAUAUGCGCGGCGGUAUUUCAAGCAGUCGGAAAUCAUUCUCUACCGCCAAGCCCCGGACGCCGCCGCCGGUCCUAACAUGAUCAUGGCCGCCGCCCCCGAGAACCCAAAGUUGAUGGGCCAGUCUGUUCAGACAUAG